AUGUUGAAAGAGAAAGAUGAUUUUGUAUGGACCGUUAUUAUAUCUGGCUUUGUUAGUAAUGAGGAGUACGAGGAAGCUUUGUGUUUGUAUGUUCGGAUGAACCGGGAAGGAUGCAGGCCUAAUCCUUUAACUAUUAGCAGUGUUCUUGCUGCUUCGGCUAAUUUGGUGGCACUGAAUGAAGGGCUUCAGAUUCAUUCCCAUGUUCUGAAGAUGAACCUGGAAUAUGAUCUUUCGAUACAAAAUGCUCUUAUAUCAUUCUAUGCGAAGUGUGGAAACGUAACUGAUGCCUACAAGAUCUUCAUAGACAUCGUUGAACCAAAUGUUGUCUCUUAUAACUCAGUCAUCAACGGCUUUGCACAAAAUGGCUAUGACAAAGAAGCUCUCAGUAUGUAUAAAAGAAUGCAGACCGAAGGCCAUGAACCUAACCACGUUACUUUCCUUGCUGUUCUUUCUGCCUGUACUCAUGCAGGACUGAUUGAAGAGGGACAUAAUUUAUUUAACACCAUGAAAUCUCGUUAUCAUAUUGAGCCAGAAGCUGAUCAUUAUGCCUGCAUGGUUGAUCUACUCGGUCGUGCUGGUUUCCUUGAUGAAGCUAUUGAUUUAAUCCAUUCAAUGACGUUAAAGCCACAUUCUGGGGUUUGGGGGGCUCUUCUCGCUGCAAGCAAGGCUCACCUACGCCUUGACCUUGCUAAGCUUGCUGCUCAACGUAUUACCGAGCUGGAGCCUGCAAAUGCAACACCUUAUGUAGUAAUAUCCAACAUGCAUUCUGCUGCUGGACAAUAG